GUCACAUCUUGAAACUGCAUCAACAAGCCGUUUCACCCGGAUAUAUGGCAUGGAGAAGUUCAUCCGGAGCUUCCUGUGACUUAAUCCACUUGUUGAAGAGAAGUGUCGCAUUGAGUAGCACAGACCAACUCCGUUUUUUUUUUUUUUUUUUUUUGUUAUUUAGAUAAUGUCUUCUUCUCACGGUAACCGGCGCCCACUCCGCAGCGGUUAAGCCGACAGUUGAGCGUCAUGCCCGGUCUGAGGAACGCCGGAAUCCUCGGCGCCUCCGCCGUUCUUGCAGGCGGAGUCGCUUAUUUCAUCUGGAGCUGCGGUUCAUCCCGCAAGCAGACCAAGCUCGACUCUCUACCGGGAGAGGAUGGCAGCAGCGGCAGGGAAAAGGUGAAAGUGGAAAAGGAGACGGAAGCUCCAGCUAAAGAAAUUGUUGUUCCCGCUCAAGCGGCGACAACAGCAACGGCAAAAACCCAUCCAGUGCAGUCAGAGCGAACCCAGGUUCUGGUCCUGGGUCUGGACGGAGCCGGAAAAUCGAGCCUCCUGCACUGUUUUUCCAGCGGCAGUCUGGAGCAGGACGUGGAGCCGACGCAGGGCCUGAACGCCAUCUCCAUCAGCAAAGAUGACAUGGACAUCGAGUUUCUAGAAAUCGGUGGUGGGGAGAAUCUGCGGCCGUACUGGGGGAAGUACAUGCCCAAAGCUCUGCUGCUGGUGUUUGUGGUCGACUCCGCCAACCCGGAGCUUUUUCCAGUCACCAAGACACAUUUACACGAUCUGCUGGCCCUUCACCCCCGCCUGCCUUUAAUGGUGCUGGCCAACAAACAGGAUCUUCCCACAUCCUGCAACAUCACUGAUCUCCAUGACGCUCUGUCCCUGUCUGAAGCCGGGGACCGCCGGCUGUACCUCAUCGGUACCUAUGUGAGGAAGGGCGACUCGGAGCUCAGCUCAGGGGUCCAUGAUGCUCGGGACCUGAUCUUCCAGGUGGUUUCUGGUUGCUGAUCCAAUGCAACAAAUCCUUUAUUUAUUUUUUUCAUUUGCAUUCUUAUUUAAAGAAGAGUGGGGACAUCAAAGGUUUUAAGUUCAUGGCGACUUUGGUACAUGCUUUAGUUGUUUUAAAGCUUUAAAACAUUUAUUUUUCUUAAUUAAUGUGCUUUAAGAAAAGAAUAAAUGACAGACAGGAAAAUAAACACAUUAAACUCUUGGAGGGAAACAGUAAAUCUGCACUUUUUGUUUUACUCAUGUGACCAAAAUAAUAUUUGGUUACUGUUCAAAUAUUGGUAUUUACGUUUUUCAGCCACUUGGAGCCGCCAAUGAGUCGAUUCAUUUAUAUUUAAACUUUUCUGUUGAUUUCAAAUUAAAACCCUGCAGCAGAAACACUACACACCACUAUUCUAUUUUACUGUGUAAAAACUGUGUUCUGUUUGAAAUGUUUAUUUUGACCAUAAGUUGAUGGGAUUUGUUUUUCUAAGCUCUUAAGCAGGUGGAUGUUUCUAUUUUACCCAUUUUAUUUUCUGUUUCUUUUCCUUUUUUAUUAAUUCUGUGGAAAUCUGUUUAGUUCUCUUGGUUUACCAAUGUUUCAUAAAGCUGAGGUAUACUGAAAGGUUCAAUUAAAAAAAUACAUAUUUGUUCAAUACUCUUCUUUUUUGCACUUAAAAUACAUUUUUUGCAAAACUUUCUGGUUUAUUUUUGGAUGACAUAUGAGUAAUGUAAAAAUUACCCACAUGGAAAAUAAAGCUGAAUAAUUCCUGGCUUCUA